AUGAUUAAUUAAUAACAUAUUAAAUUUGAUGAUGAACAUCAACAUAAACUUUAUGAAAUCUGGCCAGGCAAAAAUAGAUUCUAUUUAUCUGGUAGAAUUAUGAUUGGACCUUAAACAGAUUUUGGACCAAAUAUUUUCACUUGGUGUGGCUUAAUAUUGCUUCCUAUCUUUUUUACCUAUUCAAAUGGACACUAAAUAUGGGAAGCUAAUUAAUUACUCUUUAUAUGCACUUUGCUUUUAGCAUUUUUGACUUUAUUCUUUCUAUUUUUGACCUAAUUUACAGAACCUGGUAUCAUUCCUAGAAAAAAUAUAUUUGAAAUUAUGAAUAUAUAAUGGGACACUGAAAGUGCUUGGCCUAUGUGUGAAACUUGUUCAAUUAAAAAACCUCCAGGCUCGUCUCAUUGCAAACAAUGUGAUAAUUGCAUUUUAAUGUUUGAUCACCACUGUCCAUUUGUAAACAAUUGUAUAGGUAAACGAAACUAUAAGUAAAGAAAUCUAUUCAACUUAGAUAUUUUGCAUUAUUUUUAGCAAGUUUACUUAUGUAAGGUCUUUCAAUCUUAGUUAGUCUAAGCAAAAUUAAUCCCGAAGAAACCAAUGGAUUUACAGAUUUUUUAUUAAUUAUUGUUUGUUUCAUCAGCGCUAUUAUUGGAGUCUUUUGUUUUUUUCAUUUGAUUGUUAUUUUAAGUGGAUCAACUACAAGAUAAAUUAUUAAACACCUUGAACCAACUAAUAGUUUUGAUUGGAUUGGUAGAUCUCAAUCUUUAUUUGAUCCAACCAUGAUUAUUAACACUUAACAAUAAGUAUUUGAUUUUUGA